AUGCCCCCAAGAACAAUUCUCCCCAAGGAUGAACAAGGUUCGCGAGAAGGUUCGGCCAGUAUGGCACCUCCGAAAUCCGCAAAGCGAAAAGCCGUUUCCUCUGCGUGUAUACCCUGUCGCAAGCGCAAGAGCAAGUGUGAUGGAGGACUCCCUUCCUGUUCUACGUGCUUAGCGGUCUACCGCACGGACUGCAGCUACGACCAAGACACAGACCAUCGUCGCAAAGGAGCACUUCGAAAAGAUAUAGCAUCACUACAAAACAAGAACACAGCACUCGACGUGGUCAUCAACUCGUUGUGUGCUCUACCGGAACACGAGGCCACUGCGCUCUUCCACAGUCUCCGCCGAGGCGAGCGACUCGACUCCCUGGCUGAGGCCAUCAAUGCUGGAGACACAGAAAAGUUACGAACACUAGAUACCGACCUGUCUGGUCCAUCAGGAACUCCAGGUGCCACGUUCCACACACAAGCUCCUUCAACGCGGAAUGAAUCCUCUCGAAGCCCGAUUGAAGGGGAGUGGCAUAAGCCAGGGAACCAGAGUGCGGCAGCAGAAGGGUCAUCAUCCUGGUUCCGCAUACCGCAAGACGCUGAAUUCGUGGACCAUUUGCUCAACUUGUACUUCUCCUGGAGUCAUCCGUUCUUCUGCUUCUUUUCGAAGGACCACUUCUUGAGGGACAUGGCGCGAGGCUCAACCAAGUACUGCAGCGCGAUGCUCGUCAAUGCAGUGCUUUCAGUUGCUUGUCAGUACUCUGAUCGACCUGCGGCACGCGACCGAGGAGGGGACUACUUCUUCAGCGAAGCACAGAGACAUGCCGAGAAUAUUGGUGCGGCAGACUUGACUGCAGUACAAGCCAUGGCGGUAAUGGCAGUAAGAGAAGGCUCUGCAGGCCGCGACCACAUCAGCUAUCGCCUCUGUGGGCGUGCCGUACGCCUAGCACUGGAAAUGGGUCUCCAUUUGGCCGAUACCACCGCAGGAGAGCCCAACUUGCGGUCUAGCGAGAUUGACAUCCGGAAGCUGACAUUCUGGGGUGUUUUCAACUGUGAGAUGAUCUGUUGUCUUGCCCUAGGCAGGAUUUCUUCAAUCCCCAAGAACGCGAUCGAGAUCGAUAAACCCUUGAACUCGGAGAAACUGGACGCACUGUUCUGGCAACCGUACGAAGACGCCAACUUGCCCGUUAGCCCCAGCGCUGUGCAGCCCAUGAAGUGUCUCUUAUUCCACAGUCACCAAAGCAAGCUCGCCGAGUUGAUCAACGAUAUCAACCUUAAUUUGUACGCACCUAGAGAAAGAUUCACGCCUCGACGAUUGGCAUCAGCAUACAACCAAUAUCAACAAUGGUACAGUGAGCUGCCGGACAUGUUCCAGCUCCAGAACACAGCAAUGCCUCACGUCAUUGUCCUCCACAUGUACUACCACCAGUGUGUGCUACAUCUAUUCCGACCGUUUAUGAAACUGGACCUCUCAGACAUCGGGCUCUAUCCCCGCGAACUAGCGACCUACUGUGCGACCGAAAUCUCCAAACUUAUGAAUGCGCUCCGCGGAAUGUAUGGAUUGAGGCGAACAUCACUAGCCGUUAGCCCCAUACUUCUGUCGGCCAGCACAGUCCAUCUCAUGAACCUCCCUUCUCAGGGCGCAGCAAUGCAACUCACUCAAGCAAUGCAGGACUUGGACACUAUGUCGGUGAACCACCGGUAUGCUUCGUGCUGCCUCGAGGUCAUCAACAGACUCGCAAACCAGUGGGGUAUUCGAUUGCCCGAAGGAACUGCCAAUCUAGCCCCCUUCCGAUCUCCAGAACCCGAUCAAGCAAUGCCGAACAUGUCGUUGUUCUUUACUCAAGCUACACUCAGUAAUGAGUCUAUGGAAUCACUAGUCGCCCCUCCGUCCAACAACCUCAGACACGAUUCUGGAAGCAUGUUUGAGCCAUCUUUCGCUCCGCAUAACAUGCCGAUCCUGCCCACACCUAGCCAGUCAUCUCUGGGCUCAACAUCACAACACAGCAUGCACUCGACACCCAUGAACACAACACCAGUUCAAGCACAGUCGAACAUGUGGACAACUUUCCCAUCACAACAAAUGUCGGCUCCCAUGCACAUACAACUACCACCUGGAGAUUUCGGAAUGAUGAAUGUCGACCAUCAGACCGCUUUUGGAUAUCAGGCAUACCAACCACCUCAAUGA